AUGCUAGCCUGGAUAGGGCGCGCGCGGGGCGCGCUGCGCGUGCGGCCGGCCGUGCGCUAUGCGUCGACGCGCGCGGAUACGGUAGCAGAGCUGUCAACGUACAUGCUGAAAGAGCGCGACGCUCUGCUCGCGAAUCCGACGCCGUCCGCGGCCGACUCGGUGAAAAUCAAGGACCUCGAUCCGGUGCACAAAGCCUGGACGGCGUGGCAGGAAAAGGUCAAGAGCCUGCAAUCGACGUCGCAGAUGUGUGAGACAGAGGAGGAUGCGGAUAUGCGCGAGCUCGCCGAGCAGGAAAUGCGCGCACUCGAAGAGGAAGUCGCCCAGGAGCAUGGCGAGCUGCGCCAAAAGAUCCUCGCGAAUACCUCGGGGAACGUGGGGAACAAGGGCGCGAUCAUUGAGCUGAAGCAGGGCGUUGGCGGCCAGGAGUCGUGCUUGUUUUUAAGCGAGAUGUUGCGUAUGUAUACAAAAUACUGCGAAAAUCGCGCGCAGCAGGCGGCCGACACGCAGGACGCUACGGCGCUCGGCGCAGGCUGGACGACCGAGCUCCUGUCUGCGACACCGGUGGAUGUGUCUACGACGAGCGGCGCGUCGGAUGCGCUGCGCGAAGCCAUUCUACAAGUGCACGGCGAAGGCGCAUUCAAUGCUUUGCGCUUCGAGGGCGGCGUGCACCGCGUCCAGCGCGUGCCCACGACGCAGAACCUUGGCAAGCUGCAGACAAGCACGAUCGCGAUCCUAGUCCUUCCUAUGCUCGCGGAGAACGACACAGCAAGCGACAUUGUCGACCCCAAGGACGUCAAGCUCGAGACGAUGCGUGCGCGCGGUGCGGGCGGACAGCACGUCAACCGCACCGAGUCCGCAGUGCGCCUCACGCAUCUGCCGACGAAAAUCACCGUGUCGAUGCAGGACUCGCGCAGCCAGCACCAGAACCGCGCCAAGGCGUGGGACGUGCUCCGUGCGCGUCUCCUCGACCGGAAACUGCGCGCGGAUGCGGCCGAGAACCGCGCGAUGCGCCGCUCGCAGGUGGCAAGCGCAGAUCGCAGCGAGCGCGUGCGCACCUACAACUUCCCCCAAGACCGCGUGACCGAUCAUCGCGUCAACAUCUCGCUGUCGGGUAUUUCGAGCAUUAUGGAGGGCGACGACGACGGCGGCGCCGGCCUGACCUAUCUUAUCCAAGAGCUCGUGGAGCGCGAUGAAGAGCAGCGCCUCCUCGGCUUGUUGGAGACGUACAAAGAAAACGAGUAG